CUUCAAUCGUUCAUCUAGUUAUUUAAUCGAGACUUUGCGACCACUUUGCCGACCAAUUGACCGACCUGCCAAUUCGCUUUUGCUUAGCCAACUGCGCAACAGAGCUACCGACCGACCACCGACCGCCGACGUACACGAGACCACCCAAAAAAAGACAAACAUGGCCGACAGCUUCAACGAGGGAAUGGUCGAGGAUGCGCCGGCCGCCGCCACCGGCACCGGCGACGUCGAGAUGGCUGAGGGCGCCGCCACCGCCGCCGCCGCCGAGAACCCCAACAGCUCCGUGCUCCCCUUCGCCGAGGGCGUGCCCGAGGACCCGGUCCCGGAGCGCGUGUCCUUCCUGCAGUACCUCUCGAGCCCCGUCGUCACGCUGCUGAUCGGGACGGGCGACAAGGAGACCAUCCUCACGGCGCAUCAGGGGCUGCUGGUGCAGAGCCCGUACUUUGCCGACGCGUGCGCCGAGUUUGCGGAUGAUGGGAGUCCCCGCCAGAUCGAGCUACCCGGCGAAGACCUCGACGCGAUGGGGUGCUUUCUCGAGUUCCUCUACACGAACGACUACUUCCCCAAGAAGGUGCCCGGGCAGCGCACGCUGGAGAAGGACGCGUCGAUCCCCGACGUGGACAUGACGGGCGACCAGCUGCUCAAGCACGCCAAGGUGUACACGCUGGCGGAGAAGUUCGGCCUCACCGACCUCAAGAACCUCGCGUCCAGCAAGAUCCACUGCGUCAACUCGACCGCCAAGGGCGAGAUCGCCUACGCCCGCUACGUCUACGAGUACACCUCGCGCGAGGACACGUCCAUCCGCGUCCCCGUCGCCAACUUCUGGGCCACCCGCUCCCACACCCUGCGCGCCGAGGCCGAGGAGGAGUUCCGCACCCUCUGCCUGGAGUUCCCCCAGUUUGGCUACGACGUACUCACCCGCGUGCUCGACGAGAAGCUCAAGCGCGAGCGCAACGAGAAGAUGCACCCCGGCGCCCCCGGCAGCGCGCGCAAGCGGCCCAGACACAGCAGCACCGCAGCGGCCUAAGCGAUCCGACGGAUGGGCGGCGCCGAGAGAUUGGUUGCGCCGGAAUGAAUGGGGUGGCGG